AUGAACGGCACCACGAGCAAACCUCCCAACUUUCUUUUCAUCCUGGCGGACGAUCUGGGCUUCUCCGACAUUGGCUGUUAUGGCGCCGAGAUAAAGACGCCGAACAUCGACCAGCUAGCCAGCGAGGGUAUGCGCAUGCUCAACCAUCAUGCUGCCGCCGCCUGCUCUCCCACUCGCGCCAUGCUGCUGAGCGGUACAGACGCGCAUUUGGGCGGCCUGGGCGUCUUGAUCGAGUACAAGGCCAGCGAGAAGGGAAAGAAGCGAUGGUCUGGCAAGGCGGGAUACGAGGGUUUCUUGAACGACCAGGUGGCUACUCUGCCAGAGCUCCUGGCAGACAAUGGUUACUUCACGGCAAUGUCUGGCAAGGUCGGUCCCUCCGAAAGCCCGAACGUCGAGUCUGCGCCAUGGUGUACAGAAAGCCUGGAUGGCUGA